GCUGCAGUGGCUCGGGGCGCGCACACACUUACGCACCCUCGCCCGCUGCCGCUGCGCCAGGACAGCCAGUGGCUAAAGCCGGCGGGGCCAAGCAGCCCGGAGGCUGGCGGCAGGGUCUGCUCACCGGGUGGCAGCAGCAUUGCCCCAGCCAACACCCUUUCCGCACUCCAGGUGUCUCUCCGUCUCCAGCUGAUUCUUCUGGAGCUGGGCUUUGGUUCCUGCCCUCUGGACUCUGCCUCUGCCUGAAACACCCACCAUGGGGACACACGGCAGGAAAAAGUCAUGUUCGCUGCUGCUGGUGCUGGCUACAGUGGCCCUGGUCUCCUCUCCAGGAUGGAGUUUUGUCCAGGGAACCCCAGCUACCUUUGGACCUGUUUUCGAAGACCAGCCUGUAGGCUUGCUCUUCCCAGAGGAAUCCACAGAGGAUCAGGUGACGCUGGCGUGCCGUGCCCGAGCUAGUCCUCCAGCCACCUACAGGUGGAAGAUGAACGGCACUAUUAUGAACCUGGAACCCGGCUCCCGUUACCAGCUGAUGGGGGGCAACCUGGUCAUCCUGAGCCCCACCAAGGCACAGGAUGCUGGUGUCUACCAGUGCCUAGCCUCAAACCCAGUGGGCACUGUCGUCAGCAAGGAGGCGGUCCUCCGAUUCGGCUUUCUGCAGGAGUUCUCCAAGGAAGAGAGAGACCCGGUGAAAACCCAUGAGGGCUGGGGGGUGAUGCUACCCUGUAACCCACCUGCCCACUACCCAGGUUUGUCCUACCGCUGGCUCCUCAAUGAGUUCCCCAACUUCAUCCCAACGGAUGGGCGUCACUUCGUGUCCCAGACCACAGGAAACCUCUACAUUGCUCGGACCAAUGCCUCAGACCUAGGCAACUACUCUUGUCUGGCCACCAGCCACAUGGACUUCUCCACCAAGAGUGUCUUCAGCAAGUUCGCGCAGCUCAACCUGGCUGCUGAAGAUCCCCGACUCUUUGCUCCCAGCAUCAAAGCCAGGUUCCCCCCAGAGACCUAUGCACUGGUUGGGCAGCAGGUCACCCUGGAGUGCUUUGCCUUUGGGAACCCUGUUCCCAGGAUCAAGUGGCGUAAAGUGGAUGGUUCUCUGUCCCCGCAGUGGGCCACAGCAGAGCCCACCCUGCAGAUCCCCAGCGUGAGCUUUGAAGAUGAGGGCACCUAUGAAUGUGAGGCAGAGAAUUCUAAGGGCCGUGACACCGUCCAGGGACGCAUCAUUGUGCAGGCUCAGCCUGAGUGGCUCAAGGUGAUCUCAGACACAGAAGCCGACAUUGGUUCCAACCUGCGUUGGGCCUGUGCAGCAGCAGGCAAGCCUCGGCCCAUGGUGCGCUGGCUGAGAAACGGGGAGCCUCUGGCCUCCCAGAACCGAGUGGAGGUCUUGGCUGGGGACCUGCGAUUCUCUAAGCUGAGCCUGGAGGACUCUGGCAUGUACCAGUGUGUGGCAGAAAACAAGCAUGGCACUAUCUAUGCCAGCGCUGAGCUGGCUGUGCAAGCCCUGGCCCCCGACUUCAGGCAGAACCCUGUGAGACGGCUGAUCCCCGCAGCUCGCGGGGGAGAAGUCAGCAUCCCCUGCCAGCCGCGCGCGGCCCCAAAGGCCACUGUGCUUUGGAGCAAGGGCACUGAGAUUUUGGGGAACAGUUCCAGAGUGACUGUAACCUCAGAUGGCACCUUGAUUAUCAGAAACAUCAGUCGAUCGGAUGAAGGCAAAUAUACCUGCUUCGCUGAGAAUUUCAUGGGCAAAGCUAACAGUACUGGGAUCCUGUCUGUGCGCGACGCAACCAAGAUCACUCUAGCGCCUUCGAGUGCUGACAUCAACGUGGGUGAUAACCUGACUCUCCAGUGCCAUGCCUCCCAUGACCCCACCAUGGACCUCACCUUCACCUGGACCCUGGAUGACUUUCCCAUUGACUUUGAUAAGCCUGGAAGUCACUACCGGAGGGCCAGUGUGAAGGAAACUGUUGGGGACCUGACUAUCCUGAAUGCCCAGCUACGCCACGGAGGGAAGUACAUGUGCAUGGCCCAGACAGUGGUGGAUGGUGCAUCCAAGGAGGCCACAGUCCUGGUCCGAGGUCCCCCAGGUCCCCCGGGAGGUGUGGUAGUGAGAGACAUCGGAGACACCACUGUCCAGGUUAGCUGGAGUCGUGGAUUUGACAAUCACAGCCCCAUUGCCAAGUACACGCUGCAGGCUCGCACUCCUCCUGAUGGGAAGUGGAAGCAGGUUCGGACCAAUCCCGUGAACAUCGAGGGCAAUGCCGAGACUGCCCAGGUACUGGGUCUCAUGCCUUGGAUGGACUACGAGUUUCGGGUUUCAGCUAGCAACAUCUUGGGCACCGGGGAGCCCAGCGGACCAUCCAGCCGAAUCCGGACCAAGGAAGCAGUUCCCUCAGUGGCACCAUCAGGACUCAGCGGAGGGGGCGGAGCCCCUGGAGAGCUCGUUAUCAACUGGACUCCCAUGUCACGGGAGUACCAGAAUGGAGAUGGCUUCGGCUACCUGCUGUCCUUCCGCAGGCAAGGCAGCUCCAGUUGGCAGACUGCCCGGGUGCCCGGUGCUGAUGCCCAGUACUUCGUCUACAGCAAUGACAGCAUCCAUCCCUACACACCCUUUGAGGUCAAGAUCCGAAGCUACAAUCGCCGAGGGGAUGGGCCUGAGAGCCUCACUGCGCUCGUGUACUCAGCAGAGGAAGAGCCCAGGGUGGCCCCUGCCAAGGUCUGGGCCAAGGGGUCCUCAUCCUCAGAGAUGAAUGUGAGCUGGGAACCUGUGCAGCAGGACAUGAAUGGCAUUCUCCUGGGGUAUGAGAUCCGCUACUGGAAAGCCGGAGACAAAGAAGCAGCCGCUGAUCGCGUGAGGACCGCGGGGCUGGACACUAGCGCCCGAGUCACUGGCUUGUACCCCAACACCAAGUACCACGUAACUGUGAGGGCCUACAACCGCGCUGGCACUGGACCAGCCAGCCCUUCCGCCGAUGCCAUGACCAUGAAGCCCCCACCACGACGACCGCCUGGCAAUAUCUCCUGGACUUUUUCAAGCUCCAGUCUCAGCCUGAAGUGGGACCCUGUGGUACCACUCCGAAACGAAUCCACAGUCACCGGCUACAAGAUGCUGUAUCAGAAUGACUUCCACCCAACUCCUACACUCCACCUCACCAGCAAGAACUGGAUAGAAAUCCCAGUGCCUGAAGACAUAGGGCACGCCCUGGUACAGAUUCGAACCACAGGGCCGGGAGGGGAUGGGAUCCCAGCAGAAGUCCACAUCGUGAGAAAUGGAGGCACAAGCAUGAUGGUGGAGAAUUCUGCAGUCCGCCCCGCCCGUCCUGGCCCCUUGCUCUCCUGUGUGGUGAUACUGAUGCUCACGGGCUGCCAGAAGCUCUGAUCUUACCACUGCCUGCCACACCCAAGCUGGACACCCGCCCUAACGGACACAGCCCCCCUUCCAACGCCAAGGUAGUCCAACACUGUGCCUGAGAGUGGUUGGCUUAGACCCAACAGUACCCUUUUUGUAGGAGGUAGGGUAUCUCUAUUCUGCCGCAGGAUAGAAACCAUGUAAGGAAUUUUUCUUUGAAUCAGGAGGCACUGGGCAGUGACUUUCAUGAUUAACACUGGGCCCAAUGCCUGGACCCCUUGGGGUCCUGGACAGAAUGAACAGGCCUUUGGACAGAAGGCAUUUAAUACACAUCUUCAGAUCAAGCGGAUGGCCCUCUGGGGUCACACGUGGGCACUGCCAUCUGAGACAAAGGUUCCAGGCCCAGCAGGAACAUGGACAGCAGCAGGCUGAAAACAUGGCCUAAAAGUUUCCCUCUCUGAAGCAGAGGGACCUACCUGUCUUCUAGUCCUCGCUGGAGAAGCAGCGCAGCUGGUCCCGGCCUGGUCUUCCAUGGCUCCCUGGCAGUCCUUCCUGUUUGGUAGCCAACAACCAGACCCCAGGUUACUGGGUUGAGAUGCUACAGCACCUGAUGGAAAGGGUACCAGCCUGGGGCCAAGGUCCGUUCAUCAUGCAGGUGGCACUGCCCUCUCAGCCAGCACUGCCAACCCAACCCUGUCACCCUCCAGAUUGGAUGACGGAGUGACAGAGCCACUCUAGGUGGCUAGGGGACUAAAGGGCUUGUCUUGCGGUGUUGCCUUGCCCCAUCGAGAUGCCUCCUUCCUGGCCCCUCCAGGGUACAGGCAGAUGCCCAGCUGAAUGCCACUCUUCCCUUCAGCUCUGCCACAGACGUAUGCCUGCCUCCACCUCCCGUAACUGCAGGCCCUGGAGACCAACCCUCAACACAGCAUCUGUCCUCCAUCCUGGGAGGGAAAGGCCUCUGAGAUGGGCCAGCAUUAAUGUGGCCACGCCUGCUUCCAGGAGUACCCUCCACCACCUGGCCACAAAUGCUCCCUAAGCUGCCUAGAUUACUCUCUCAAUUCCCCAGAAGAAAAGGGGGUUAAUAAAGGGGGCAGCCUACCUUGAGUUCGGGGUACAUUACAGUGACAGACCAGACUACCUGAACUGAGGAGGCCUUAUAGCUUGGCUGGCCCACACCCUGUACUUAACAGAUGAGGAAAUGGAGGUCCAGAGGGGGUUAGGGACUUCCUAGGGUCCCAUGGCCUGUAAGUGACAAGACUUGGGCAAGCACCAGAGUCUCCUGCCUACCUGUGGGAGGAGGCACUGUGGAGGAAGGAGGUGUGGGGCUGAGCAGCCACCUCCUUGUCACUAAGGAGGCCGAGGAUGAGCCCUCUACUUCAAGAGGUUCCGGCUGUGAGAAGAUCAGCAUGGAUGAGCCAGUCUGGACAGGAGUCCUUGGCCAGCUGAGGCAGGCUUCUGCUGGGAACUCAGGAAGUGGUGCUGGCCUGUGGUGCUGGCCGGAAGCUUCUCAGGCCCUCCAAGAAGAGAGGCCAAAGCAAGGACAGAGUUCCCGAGACCAGGACCCUGUGGCAGCAUGGCCAGGAAACCCCAGUGUCCACACCUAGGCCCACAGGAACUGCAGGGCAGGCGUCUCAAGAGGCAGCUGCCCUGUUGCUCCAUGGCCCAUUUCUGUAGUUUACAGUUAGAGCUCUAUUUUGUUAUGGGUUUUUAAACUUUAAGCCUUGCUCUGUUUUCCUGGGCAGGUUUAUGUUAGGAUUUACCCACCACAAUUUUUUAAAGACGUACACCCGCACACCUUCUCCCUACUGUCCCCAAACCUACCCCCCAGCUAGGGACUGCUUUCCUGGAACUGAUCAAAUUCCCCUCUCCUGCUCCUGGCACCUCACAUACAAGGGUGCUAGGGGCUCAGCCAUGUGAUCAUUCUCCCUCACCAGGACCCCAAAGUUAGUCUAGCCUCCUUCUCUACCCCGUGAUGGCUGAAAUUUGGCUUGGGCCUAGCCCUGGAAAGCCCAAGCUAACCCUAGAAAGAGGAACAGAAAGAAACCUUCCAAGGUUUAUCUAUUUCCCACUGCCUUGGGCUGCAGGCGGGUGCUAGAGAAGACAUCCAGUGGCUGGGCACUUAGGAUUAUAGAGAAGUGGGUGAAGUGGGUAUCUAGGGUGAGCUGGUUUGGCGCUGGACCUAGCUUGGGUUGCGGGAGGCUGCACCUUUUCUUCUAACAAGGUCCAUGAAAAGCAGGCGAGCUGCUGGGAGACCCAUGAAGACUUAGCCCUGUGCAGGCAGAAUUUGUUUGGGGGGGAUGUGGAGCUGUUCCAGUCUGGGGUAGUCUGGGGCUUCAAGUGGAGUGUUGCUACAGUGUCACAAGACCAGAGGUGACUCACCAACAUGUGAGCUUGUAAAUAGGAAAAGAUUCUUGCUGAGGAAACGUGGAUUCUAACUGGCUUAGAAAAGAGGGCUAGAUUUAAAUGGAUCCUCAGAGACUUCCUGGCCAAGGGUCCUCCUGACUUCUACAGGCUAGGGAAGCUGGUGGUCUUGCUCCUGCUGUGGUCAUGACUGUUAGGUUCCAUCCAUUCACAUUAAACCACAAGAGGUAAAAGGGACAGUCACAAAUAAGUACUCUGCCUGGGCUUAGUGGGCAGCUUAGUAGUCCCAAGGGCUAGGACAGAACUACCUGCAGAUGUCUCAUGAGGGACAGGGAAGUGCUCUCUGUUCUGUCUGUACAGGGACUCAGGUCACCACGGAGCUCUCUGCUCCUUGCCAUCUGAUGGUGUGGAUGAAGAGAGUGGUUCUGCCAUCCAGGGUGGCAGGUGACUCCCAACAGCAGGGGAGCAGCGAGGGUAUGGGGCUUGAUAAAGGACAGGAGAGAUCAAAGCCAAGGGUGGGAAAGCCUGGAGGAAUGAGGAAGGGGCUUCUUUUGAGUAAGCUCUGAGCAAUUCUGAGUGCUCUUGCGGGAUCUUGGAUGGGUGAAGUCCUGACUUAAGGGGUGGGAGGUACUGAGUCCUUCUGGAGCUGAGAUCCUAAGAAUCAAAACGCCUAACACAGGAAAGCCUUAGAGGUGCCAUCUGCUAUGGUUCCCACAGCUUAACAAAGCCAUCAAAGGGACUCACCCACCACAGAGCAGUCCUUAUGCACUAGUGCCUUCCCCCAUGGGCAUUGCCUCUCCUCAGUCCCCAAAGCCAUCCUUGCCUGUGCUCUGGCCACGAGCUCAAUGUGGCUAGUGAGGUUUUCUUCCCCUCAUGCCUUCCUCGGAGGGCGCCUUUCUUUUCCUAGUGUCGAAUAGCCAAUAGGACUCCCUGCAUGCCAAGGGACAGCAAUGUGCUCAUACCUGUUACUGGUUCAGGUGUGGUGUCCUGUCUUGCUAGCCGAGACCAAACCUGGCCAGGAGUCUCUGGGUGGGAUGAAGAGGGACCCUAAAGGAUGUCAAGAAGCUCACUGGAAACAUUUGCUGGUGGCUUGGAAUGGGAUUGUACCUCUUGAACCUGUACAUAUGAUCACAGGCUCUGGGAAAGCAGGGCUUUAAAGGAAAACUGCAGAGGAACAAAAUAGGCCAGCCAGCUUUGUCCAGAGUCCAGGAAGCCCCAGCGGCCUACGGCCAACAGUUUCUUUAGAGGAGACUCCACCUGCCUUGGCACCAGAUGCCUCCCAGUCAGCCCCCACUUUAGAGCCUGGACAGCUCAGAUCUCAGGGCUUCGCUGGCCCAUGGAUGACGGUUCUCUGAUGCAACCCCUUUACUCCAGCCCACUGUUCACUCUUGUAACGUUAUUGACUCUGGUAGCAAGCAGUUCUUAAAUAAAGGUGUUUUCUCAACCUG